ACAGCUGAGCUAGUGCCCAACAAUGGCGCUUGAGGCAAUCACGUCUCCUUACCUCGCCAACUUUGUUCCAAACGAACUCCAUUCUUCUUCUUCUUUUCCUUUUGAGGUGAACGCUGGCAACAAACAAAUGCACGAAAUCGGUUUCUUUAAUGGCAACGGGCCAAGCCUGCCUCCGCUUCCAUGUUUUCCACCUACCAAUUGGAUUUCCCAUUCAUCAUCCCCACCAUCUCCUUCCUCUUCUUCAUGUCUCUCUUCCUCAGCAGUCGGUCAUCUCCUCAGUCCAAUGGAGGCCAAGCAACCAGGCCGGAGUUCCUCUGCAGAGAAUGAGACUCAGAAGAAGAGGAGGAGGCCCCGGAGCUUGAAGAACAGCCAGGAACUAGAGAAACAGAGAAUGACGCAUAUCACCGUGGAGCGCAACCGGAGGAAGCAAAUGAAUGAACACCUAGCCGUCCUACGGUCGCUGAUGCCAGAGUCCUACAUUCAAAGAGGCGAUCAAGCCUCCAUUGUUGGCGGAGCCAUUGAUUUUGUGAAGGAGUUGGAGCAGCUGGUUCAGUCACUAGAGGUACAGAAGAGUGAGACGAACAAGAGGAGGGGCACCGGAGAGUCACUCCCAUUUGCUAGCUUCUUCACGUGCCCACAGUACUCGUUCACGGGCAAUAGGCUCUCCGGCGAGCCUCCCUCGGAGGACUCGCCGGCGCUGGCGGAUAUCCAGGUGGCCAUGAGCGAGACUUAUGCCAGCCUUACGGUUCUGACUCUAAGGAGGCCCGGACAGCUCUUGAGGAUGGUUGCGGGGUUGCAAGGACUUCGCCUUACAGUUCUUCACCUUAAUGUUACUACAACGGAGCCCUUCGUUCUCUACUCCUUUAGUACAAAGGUUGAGGAAGAUUGCAAACUUAAUACAGCAGACGAGAUUGCCUCGGCCUUUCAUCAAAUGUUGGUCACCCGUGAGGCGGCCUUGAUGGGUGGAUUCACAGCUAAAUCAGAAGAACAUUUGUAAUAGACAUUUUUUGAAAACAGCUAAAAUGCUCCAUGGUUUCCCUGUGUAAGGUGACUCAAAUGCUUACAUAGGCAUACCUUCUAUUAAUAGG